AUGCAUUGCUCAUCACUCACUGCAGGACCUCUUGCACUCUUCGCACUCUCCACCCAGACUCUCGGAAAGUCGACUCGUAUCCCCCGCCACAACAACAUCGAACAGAUUCCGAUGGGCAAUAAUGCACCCCUUCACGAACCCGAAACCGCCAAGAGACCGACCGAGGAAACGGUGAUCCACCACACCGUGACCAAGACACGAUACGAGUUUGAGUUUGUAACAGCGACUACAACCAGCACCACGACCAAGACCGCGACACUGGGCCCUUAUUACACCGCUCUGCCAGAAUUUGGCGUGGUAAUGAAAGGCCCUCCUCUCGAGAUACCUCGACGGAAGUCUAAAACCUGCAACGCAACGGCAUGUGCGGUGUGCCGAUUGCAGUAUGGAUGUCAGGACGAGAGGGAGAUGUGGUGCGUUCUGAUCCCCAAGAAUUCCAUGUUGUUGUGUCUCAUGCUAAUCAAUGAGUCAGUCUACUCUGCGAUGCGAAGCCAUAUUGCGCUUGUUCGUAAUAGACCUUACAUGCAGUGCUCAGAUCAGAGAUACGGACUACGGGGAGAGCUAGCACCAGCGUCUCCUAGAUCUGCUUUCGUCUGCGUCGCUUUGAGCAAACUGCAUCUGAUAUCCGUCAGAUCUUGA